AUGAACACUGACAACACUGACGAUAACAUGAACUCUAACAACACUGACGAUAACAUGAACUCUGACAACACUGACGAUAACAUGAACUCUGACAACACUGACGAUAACAUGAACUCUGACAACACUGACGAUAACAUGAACACUGACAACACUGACGAUAACAUGAACUCUGACAACACUGACGAUAACAUGAACUCUGACAACACUGACGAUAACAUGAACUCUGACAAACACUGA